AUGUUCAGGCGGAUGUUUCCUGCAAUGAGAGUGAAGAUCUCAGGUUUAGACCCACAUCAGCAGUAUUAUAUUGCUAUGGAUAUUGUGCCAGUGGAUAACAAAAGAUACAGGUAUGUUUAUCACAGUUCCAAGUGGAUGGUGGCUGGCAAUGCUGACUCCCCGGUGCCGCCUCGCGUCUAUAUUCACCCCGACUCGCCCGCCUCGGGGGAGACGUGGAUGAGACAAGUGAUCAGCUUUGACAAACUGAAGCUUACCAACAACGAGCUGGAUGAUCAAGGGCAUAUUAUCCUUCACUCUAUGCAUAAAUACCAGCCUCGUGUGCACGUCAUCAGGAAAGACUGUGGUGAUGAUCUGUCUCCUGUCAAGCCCAUCCCUUCAGGAGAAGGGGUGAAAGCCUUCUCCUUUCCAGAGACAGUUUUCACUACUGUCACAGCUUACCAAAAUCAACAGAUAACUCGUCUGAAGAUUGAUCGGAACCCAUUCGCCAAGGGCUUUAGAGACUCGGGCCGCAACAGAAUGGGACUGGAAGCUCUGGUAGAGUCUUACGCCUUCUGGAGACCUUCACUGAGGACACUUACCUUUGAAGACAUACCUGGGAUACCCAAACAAGGAAAUGCAGGUUCCUCUACUUUACUGCAGGGAUCUGGCAGUGGAGUGCCAUCUACCCACCCUCACCUUUUACCGGGCUCCCCUUGCUCGUCUCCAGCCUUCCACCUCAGUCCCAACACCAGCCAGCUGUGCACCCUUGCUCCAGCUGACUACACGGCCUGUGCCCGCUCGGGCUUGGCCCUGAACAGGUACAGCACCUCCCUGGCUGAGACCUACAACCGGCUCACAAACCAGGGCGGCGAGACCUUCGCGCCCCCCAGGACUCCCUCCUACGUCGGCGUGUCGAGCAGCACAACUGUGAAUAUGUCCAUGAGCGGCAGUGACGGGGACGCGUUCAGCUGCCCGCAGACUGGCUUGUCCAUGCAGAUUUCAGGGAUGUCUCCACAGCUCCAGUACAUCAUGCCUUCCCCAUCCAGCAAUGCCUUUACCGCUAAUCAGACCCACCAAGGCUCCUACAACACCUUCAGACUGCACAGCCCCUGUGCGCUCUAUGGAUAUAACUUUUCCACAUCUCCCAAACUGGCUGCCAGUCCUGAGAAAAUCGUUUCUUCCCAAGGAAGUUUCUUGGGGUCCUCGCCAAGUGGAACCAUGACGGAUCGGCAGAUGUUGCCCCCCGUGGAAGGAGUGCACUUACUUAGCAGUGGGGGGCAGCAGAAUUUCUUUGACUCUAGGACCCUAGGAAGCUUGACACUCUCGUCUUCUCAAGUGUCUGCACAUAUGGUUUGAUGAAGCCUUUAAGUAAAAGUACAGUAUGUUUGGUGUCUACGAGGUAUUUCUUUUGGAAUACGAAGGGACACUCGAUGUAGCUUGUAAAGUGUGUGUAUAUAUAAUAUGAGAGGAAGUUUCACUGAAAUUUUGACUUGCUUGUGGCCAGAUUAUUCUCCUAUUUUGAGUUACCCAGAGUUUGCUGCGGUGCAGACUGCUUUAGUUUUCUGGUAUAAUACUCUUAGUUGUAUAACACAUUGGGACAUAUGCAACAAAUUAAGUAAGACUUCCUCCCCUUUCCCCCUCCUCUGUUCUAACCCCUUUAAAGAAUGAAGUGACACUUGGAGUAUUAAACAACACAAAAAAGCCCACUUACAUUUCCUACAGCACUAGUGAGUUUCUUUAAAACAUACAAUAAGCUGAUGCACCAAAGGCAUUUUACAAGUUUCUUCUCUGUUAUAAGGGAUACAAAGAGUAUUUUGACUUCUUAGUGUUAAGCAUCAAGCAUCCAGCCUAAAAUAGAAGUUUAGCUAAUGGAUUAUUUACAAAGUAAACGGAAAGAUUAGUUUGCCUUUUCAUGAUAUGCUGUUUUUAGCUUAUCAACAACACAGCAUUCUCAAUAGGAUUUGUUUUUUACAGCAUUAGUCUAGAUUUAUGGUCAUAUGUUUGAAGACAAAUAAUGCGUAUUCAAAUUGUGGUGAUAGGAAUAAUUAAAAACAACAGCACUAGAAGCAGCAUUCCUUUGUAUGAAAUGAACAUUGGGGUGCUUAAUUUUUGUCAAAGGUAGGGCUUGAUGCAUUUUUUCCUCCAUAAAUAUUGCCUAUAAGACAUUUACUGGACAGUAGGAUAUUCUAAUGUAUCUUUGUUUUUGUAUUUUUACUUUUUUAAAGGAAAAUGCAGUUUGAUUUAGGGAAAAAAAUGAGCAGGAUGAGAAAUUCCAUUAUUGGUUUUACUUGUUUUGUGUGUGUGACGUAUUUUGGAUUUGUUUUUUUUCUUUUGUGUUUGUCUGGGUUUUUUGGUUGUUUUUUUGUUUUUUUUUUGGAGUUUUUUUUCUUUUAAUAAGGGCAAAAGGUCCUGCAUCCUCAGUAUUUCGAAAGUACAUCACCUGUAUCAAUUAGGCAGAUGACCCAGUUUGCCCAAAAGUUUUUCUGGAAGCAGAGCAUUGUCAUAGCUGCCUUCCUGUUGCUCUGGUUUUGUCCUGGAAUUUGAGAGGUUUCCUUCAUUCUCAUCCUCUGGUUUCUAAAUGGCACUUGUAAGAAUGUAGAUCACCAUCUGCCCCUGACCUGACUUCUCCAGAAUGACAAGGACACAGGGAGACUCUUACCAUGGUGAAAUUUCUGCCCUCAUCUGCACCUGCACAGGUGUGGAUCAGUCCUUCUCAAAAGCUGCCUCUCAGCUGCCUGUCUGUCAGAGCUGAACCACAGAGGUUGUGAUACAAAUUUCAGUGCUUGAGAGGGCAGGUCAUCUUCAAGAGUAUGCAAAUCCUCGUUUACAUUGUACAGGUGAUGUAAAGGCAUUCUAAAGUGGGUAGAGAUGCAGUUAAAAAUGCUUCCCCAGUCAGCAUUGAAGGAGAUUAAGGUCUCUCAGGUUUAUGUUUGUUGGAUUUUUUUGGCGAAGGUGAAUUUUCAUGUGCCUCAAGUGUUUCUAUAUCUUUUCAGGCAAAUAGUUCUUCCGUCCUCAUCCGAUGUCAAAUGUGCAAAACCAGCAUGUUGCCUUACACCCUCUCUUCUAAAAAGACUCAUUUCAGCUAGUAUUUCUUCAGUGGGAUGGAGAUAAUAUAUGCAGACACAGCCCUCUUGCUACCUCCUCUUAUCUGGGACUAGAACAGCAAUAUUUAAGCCUGUGCCUAAAGAAUGCUUUAUUUCUAUUGGUUAUGUAUUUGUUUCUGUUAAAGAUAUGUGUGAAGUUCUCAUUCAAAGUUAGAAAGAGAAGAUGAUGCAAUUGAGGCAAUGUGGGCUUGCUUCUCUGUUGUCUUAAACUUUCUAAGUGACCUUUCUGAGAAAACCUAAGUUCACUCAGUCUCUAUCAGAUCUUUUUCUUCUGAAAAAUGUGAUAAUAGCACUUCCUCUGAGGAAAGGGUGACAGUACAUUGAAGGUGAAGAUCAUCUUUACAUUUGGUGUGCUGUGGGCAGUAUGUUACAGAUGAAUGUCUGGGGAGUGUUCAUGUAUGAGAAUACAAAGGGCAUUUGUGUACUUCAGCUCUCUUGCUGGCCUUGGCAGUGCAGUGUCCUCUGAGGUAAACUUCCUAGAAAAGACCUGCAACGCUAAAAAUGCUAUUCAAACUGAUGCUGAUGGUUUGUGAAAUGCUUCUAAGGUGUGUAGAAGAUGGGAAAAUUUUCAGCUAUGCAAAUAGUUGUAGCUUUAUUGGUUUAAAUUAAGAAGUAACUUGUGUAUAGUUAUUCCUGCUCUAGCCAAAACUUUGAAAUUUUGCAGUUGGAAAAAUACAUAAGUGGAAAGAUGGUACAAUUAAUCUGUACUUGAAAAAGCAAAAGUAGCCAUAUCAACUUAAGAACUGUGACUAGGUAGAAAUGUGGAAGAGCUAAAUCAUGCAUGUUCCUAUAAGGAGAGGAAAAAAAAGGGGUUGUGCAUGGGUGUUCAUGGUGGUGCUCCUGUCAAGACUAUGUACUUUAUUGUCUGGGAAUUUUUUAGGACUGGUCUCUUACUUUUCCUCAAAUUAUUCUUAUCAUAUAACCACACAAUAUUGUUUUAUUUGUUCCUUAAAAUCUGAAUCCUAUUGUAAAUACUGGUUUGUUAUUGUGAAAAGACUAGCUUUUUAUCAAUACAGUAAAUGCUAUAUAUGCAUUAUAUGUAUAAUUAUAUAUCUGUA